ACAUCACCUAUUCAUUAAUUAUGUCGGGCCAUCACAGAAGCAGCGACCGCUACUAUUCGCAACGUGCCACGCCGAGCUUGGAGCACCAGCAGGGUUACCAGUACCAGCAUCAACCCCAUGGUUCCGUACAAGCAUCCAGCUCGUACCAAUCGGCGGGUUACCAACCGGCCGGGCACCGCGGCUACCCAAGUACUUAUAGCCAGUGGCCUGCGAAUGAUGCUCAAAUGUCGUCGACUACGUAUUCCAACCUCUACGACUACCCGUACUCGGCGUCGGACCGCGUGUCCUCGCCGUACGGCACGACCACGACCACCAGUGACCGCCGCCUCCCCCCUCUCGACGUAUCCGGCGGCGAUCGAUGGUCGACGAUGGGGUACGGCGGUGGUUCGACCACGUCGGGCCUCGAGACGUCCAUGAGGUCAAAUCCUACGUCGUACACGAGCUCCAGCUACGGCGGCACGUACCACGGCCACCACUCGUCCACCGCCAGCGCCGCUAGCGGCAACUACGCAUAUGCGCACGGAGUCCCCGACUCCACGUCGUACACGAGCAAUGCGUCCAUCCCGCGCCCUAGCUCCGCCGCCGUCCGGGUGUCCGCUGCCUCCAGCCACCACGCGCCCAUGAGCUACUCUCCGCCGCCCCCCAUUUCGCCCGCCUCCGAGGCGGACCAGAGCGGUACCGUCAAGAAGAAGCGCAAGCGCGCCGACGCCAACCAGCUGCGCGUGCUCAACGACGUCUACAUGCGCACGGCCUUCCCGUCGACGGAGGAGCGCCACCAGCUCGCCAAGCAACUCGACAUGUCGCCGCGUAGUGUGCAGAUCUGGUUCCAGAACAAGCGGCAGGCGAUGCGCUCGACUAAUCGCCAGACGCCAGCGCACCUAAUGCCGGACCCUGCGCCUGCGCCGCCCCAGUCAACCGCGGGCGGUGUCACUCGCACGACUUCGACGCGCCGUGGUCGGUCCGCGUACUAAGAUGAUGGCCCUUCAUUCCCCUCCCCGCUCAGUCCGUCCGUUCUCUAUUAUUUUUCUUAUGCCGUUCGUGCUCAUGUCGCCGCAUCAGUUCUUGGUCGUUCAGCGACCACACGUAUUUAAUAUCUUACUCCGGUGAUUAAUAUCCUUAGCUACCUUACGUACCUCGCAUGGACUUACAAGAGACUGGAAACCUCCGCCGGGUCGCCGUGCCCCGCCGCCGCAUUUGUACCAUUCUCAUAUGCCUCAAACAGACUAUCAGCCCACUAGCUACUAUGUAUACAUAUACCUAGGCCCAACAUAUAUGGCUUUCCUGUACUUACAGCUUUUCUUACUGUACCGUCCUAAUAUGACCCUCAGCUCGCUGAGCGAGCGUUGGUC